UGUCCUGGCUGACUUAAAAGUAAGUACCAGGCUGGUGGUGGCAUCGGAGGCUGCAGGACACUUCAACUGCCCUGUGGAUCCUAAGGGAGCCUCAGCGCCCACAAAGAUGACUUGGAGACAGGUCCUCCUCCUGUCCUGCCUCUCAGCCAUGGUGCUCCUGUCUAUGCUUCGGGAGGGCACCAGCGCGUCGGUGGGCAGCAGGCAGAUGGCGGGAGAAGCCCAGGAAGGUGUGAGACAGAAGGUUUUCAUGCAGGAAUCGGAUGCCUCAAAUUUCCUCAAGAGACGCAGCAAGCGUUCCCCCAAAUCGCGCAAUGAGGUCAAUGCAGAAAACAGGCAGAAGCUGCAGGCUGAUGAGCUGCAGAAAGAAUAUUAUGAGGAACAAAGAAACGAAUUUGAGAACUUCGUGGAGGAGCAAAAAGAUGAGCAGGAAGAGAGGAGCCGGGAGGCCGUGGAGCAGUGGCGACAGUGGCACUACGACGGGCUGUUCCCUUCCUAUCUGUACAACCGCCACCACAUCUGACCCCCUCCUGAGGCCACCCGAGGGACGGAGUGUGAAGCAACCCCAGCCACCCCGGGGCCACUGCAUCCCUUUGCGGGCCCAGCAUAGGGUCUGUCACACUGCAUGGCCCUGGUUAAUCCACACCUUUUAUUCCCACGGCUUUCCAGGCCUGGCUUCAGCUUCCGUAUCAAUGGUUUCCUGAGGCGAGCAGCUGCCUGUGGCUCGUCCCAAAGCAAAGCCACAGUGCUGCUCCCCGGCUUGGCCCCCAUCCUUGGUCCUCGAUCCUGACAGGACAGGCACAAGAAUCACUGUAGGGAGAAAUGAUUUCUUGUUUGCUUGGUGCUUAUAAAUAAAGAUGCUGAACCAGU